CCCGGCGCUGCUCAGGGGUGCGGUGGGGUGGGGAAAUCCGGCCGUGCCGAGGAUGGAGCCCGCCUGGCAGCGGCUGCGUCAGGAGUCGCUGUGCCCUGGCGAUUCCCGCUGAAGGCCCGUCCCGAGCUGUGCGAUGGACUCCAUGUUUGAGGAUGACAUCAGCAUCCUCACCCAGGAGGCCCUGUGCCAGGAUGAGGAGUGGCUGGACAGCCCCAACACGGACCUUUCCAGCGAGAUGUGCUCGGCCUCUCACUUCGCCCUCAUCACGGCCUACGACGACAUCAAAAACCGCCUGACCAGCCUGGAGAGGGAGAACUCCACCCUCAAGAGGAGGCUGAAGAUGUAUGAGAUCAAGUACCCGGUGAUCAGCGAGUUCGGGGAGGAGCGCCUCUUCUCAGUCUACAACACCCAGGAGUGCUCCCUGCUGAAGAGCGAGAAGGCCAGCCUCCAGCAGCAGCUGAACCAGUUCCAGCAUGAGCUGCAGAAGAGCAAAGAGAGGGAGGAGCAGCUGGACGAGAUGAUCCAGGCGUAUGAGAAGCUAUGUGUGGAGAAGGCUGAUCUGGAGUCGGAGCUGCGGGAGAUGAGAGCUUUGGUGGAGACUCAUCUGAAUCGGAUCCGGAGCCUGGAGCAGCAGCUGAGACAGAGAGAUGGCAACUCCUUCCAGAACCUCAACUCCCAGCUGCAGAACCAGGAGGUCCAAUACCUGUCGCUCCACGGAAGCCCUGGCCUGACACAUGUGCUGGAUCACUCCAUGAGCUGGCAGAGCUCCCGCAGCCUGGAGCAGCCCAGCGAGCUGGAGGUGCACAGGCUGGAGGCCAAGCUGGAGGAGGCCCGGCACGAAGCCCAGAGCUCGCAGCGCCGGGAGGAGCAGCUGAAGGCAGAGUGUGAGAGGCUGCAGUCUGAGCUGAAGCAGCUCCAGGAAACCCGGGCGCAGGACCUGGCAACCAGUCAGUCGGAGCGGGAUAUGGCCUGGGUGAAGAAAGUCGGUGAUGACCAGGUGAACCUGGCGCUGGCCUACACCGAGCUGACCGAAGAGCUGUGCCAGCUGAGGACCCUCAGCUCCCUGCAGAGCCAGAUCCUCCGGACCCUGCUGCAGGAGCAGGCCAUCAACGGUGGCCAGAGGCACUCCCCACUCUCGCAGCGCCGCUCCCCGGCGCCGCCCUGCCCGCCCCCGGUUCAGCAAGGCCGGCCCCCGGUCCCUCAGUGCCAGUCUCCCGCGCUGCAGCGGCGGUCUCCUGUCCCCCCCAACCAGUCCCCCGCCCAGCAGCGCCGCUCCCCGGCGCCCCCCGCAUGCCAGUCCCCUGCCCAGCAGCGCUGCUCCCCAGCGCCCCCCCCGAGCCAGUCCCCCGCCCAGCAGCGCCGCUCCCCGGCCCCCUCCUGCCCGUCCCCCGCCUCCCAGCACCGGGCACCCCCCGCCAGUGAGAGGAACAUGAUGGAUCUGGGGUACUCGAAGCCCCCAAGCCACCACAUCAAAGCCAGCUUCCAGGGGCGUCGCAGCUACUCAGAGAUGAGCGAUGCUGCCGUCUACCGGCAGAGCCACUCCCUGUGGCUGCAGCCCGAAGCCUCCACGCUGCCAAAGCACCGUCCCUAUGGUGAGGUUUACAUCGGGGGGGCUGGCGGGCCCGGGAGCACCAGGGAUGCCUUCGAGGAGCACCUGCGCUUCGAGAAGCAGUCCUCGGACGAAGACGAGUGGAGCGUCCCCAGCCCCCCCAGUCCCGAAAUGGGAGCCAUCCGCUGCGCCUCUUUCUGUGCAGGCUUCCCCAUCCCCGACUCCACCACGCACCGGACAGCUGCCUCCUACUCCAGGGCUGAGCACGCGCAGUCCUGGCCGUCGAUCAACCUGCUGAUGGAGACGGUGGAUUCCGACAUCCGAAGCUGCCCCCUCUGCCAGCUGGCGUUCCCUAUCGGCUACCCGGACGAUGCUUUGAUAAAGCACAUUGAUUCGCACCUGGAGAACAGUAAGAUCUGAGUCUCCUCAUCCCGACUUCCUUACAGCCCUGGCCCCCUUUGGAUGCUGCAUGAAAACGUGGGGAGCAACACAGCUCCCUAAAUACCUCCAAAUCUUCAGUAGCUGCAGGAAAGACUGAACUGUAAGAGACUCACCUCUCCCUCUUCCCCUCCCUCCCCCCAUGUCCCCAGGAUCUGCAAUACCUGGUGAUGCUUGUGCCAGAUGGGGGGAUGCUGCGGUCCAGGCACUGGGGGAGAGCAGACCCGUCGGUGGUGGCUUCUUACAGAGGGUGUUGCUUGCCGUUUACUCCUGCUUCCUUUACAGCUCUGGCUGUGUCAUUUGGUUUCUCUGGAUGAUCUCAGGGAGGAUUGAUGGAGGAUGGAGCCCCCCCCCCCCCCAGACCCCCACUUUGAAAGCUGCUUCGGUGAGAGGCGCAGAGUUUCCAUGCACCUGUCUGUGAGAAUCUCAGUGCAGUUUGAGUCUCUCCCCGCAGGGGUUUAAUUGUUACAGGGUGGUUGGUUCUCUUCAGCUUUGGUCACUGUUGGGUCCCUGAGAGCUUUCAAACCAACCUGCCUUGGCCUUUGGCUGCUAGUUAAAGCAUCUUUCCAGUCCACUACCGCUGAUGAGAAAUGAAACCCACUUUCUAGAGGUGUAGCAUGGACAUCCUAUAAUAUUGCACUGAACUUCCUGUCGGCUAGGGGCCGUAGUCAAUGGCUAGUUUUGUCAUUGACUCCGGCGGCACCUAUGUACGUCCCUGGUGUAUUUCUAUUCUCUUUGACGUGCCGUUGACUCCUCCUACAUCCUGACACGUUGCUUUGAGUAGCUAGUUACCAUGUAGCAAGGAUCCUUUCUGUGUCCCGCACAGUGGUCACGCCCUCACCUUGCCCGCAGUCCCGUGACGGCCUGUGACACUGGUGUGACGGCAUCGUGUUAAUUCCGCGGCAGUCACCUGCAUGGGUCCAUGAUCCAGUGUCUCUCUCCGGCCUUACUAAGCACCUUUGCGUGGUACUGAUCUACACCAAGUCCAUUCAGACUGGCCAGCUGCCCCCUUUUCCCCCGCGGGGACUGUCUCAAUGGAUCUACAUGGAGUCAUUUGUUCAUCAGAAGUGCCCGUACAGUGAAGAUGCUUUUCCUAGCAGGACCCAGAGAUCAUUUUUGUGCUGGUCAAACCCCCAGUCCUUUGUCAUUCGCCAGGGUGCUGAUAAAACUAGCAGCUGUAGCAGUGCUUCUCUGGGUAGGCGUCGGCUGUUUCUCUGGGCCAGAUCCUCAGCUGGUGGCAUUCGUCCAAACUCUGGGGCGGGGAAGGGAAGGAAGAGAAUCUCGCUCGCUCUUGGCAGCGCCGUGGGCUGGGAGAUGGAGUUCGCCCUCCGGCAUUGGAGUGGAAAAUGUAAUUAAUAACGAACUGGCCCUUUCACCCCAAUGCUCUGCCUAGAGAUGAGCUGAAACCACUAACAGUUAAUCUGGAGCGACCAAAUCCCUGGCAUUUCAAGGGGUAUUCAGAGGCAGGGUUUGGGCCCCACUCUCAAAUUGUGCUGGGGAGUGGGUGUGAUGUGAAAUUGGUUUACUUAGGGUGAGGAUUCUCUGGGCCCACGGGGAAUCCCGAGCUCCUUGUCUGAGGAAACUUUCAGAAGGGAAGGGCUUGUCCAUACUUGAAGGUUAAUGCAGAUUAAAGCACAGUGUAAAUGGAAAGUCUAUUAGUUGUUCCCGAUUAACCCCCAUGCAUGGAGCCUUUUAUUCCACACCAAGAGUGCCCCGUUCUCAUUUAGUUUCACUCUGGCGCAUUAAGCUGACCGGGGACAAGGCUGGAAUACGCGGAUCCACAAAUGGAACAAUUCCAUGGCUAGCGGAGCCCUGGAUUGUGGGGUUUGUCCAUGGAACUGAGAGACGCCUGGAAUUUAGAGGUUUCCAAAUUGCCAUAAGAAGGGUUUGUGAUUUAACAAGGAUCAGAGCAGGGCAACCUGUGGCUCGGGUGACCUGGGGGCUGGCUGGCGUGAUGACUAGCCUCUGACCCCACAUGCUGAGUGGCCCACGGGUUCGUUACUGGCUGAUGGUGCUGACGACCCGGGGUGGAUGGAUGCCGGAAUUAUAGGACCAUGAAUUUACUGAUGGGCUUGAUGUGGAAAUCACUGGUUACGGCGCCCUGGCCUGCGUUAUGUGUAACUGACACACAAGCCACCCGGGGUGGGUCUGCGCAGGAGCGUGGAUCAUUUUGAUCCCUUCUGGCCUUAAUGGGUGUGUCUGCACCGCGGAUAAACUCCCAUGGCUGACCCGUGUCACCUGACUCGGGCUUGGGCUGUGGGGCUAGAAAGCUGUAGUGUCAAUGCCUGGAAUCCUUCACCCUUGUGGGGUCCUGGAGCCUGCACCCCGGCCUAACGCCAGACAGUUACAGUACAGUCUUAUAGCCCUGCAGCCUGAGCUCCGUGAGUCCUGGGUGUUUCAUCGCAGUGUAGACAUACCCAAAGUCUAUGAAUCAGAGCAAUUCCAGAUGCUUCCAAGCAGCGCUGAUGCCAGUGGCCCGUGUGAGGUGCCCGAGUCUAACGGGGACAUGGGCCUUUGGGAAAACGCAUUCAAACUGGUUUUGUGCAUUCUGGGGAGGUGGGGGCUAACACCCCGCCACUCAUGGCUUCAUCCUCAACCCCAUAUCUCAUGUUGUGCUGCAUCUCGUGGCGUUGGGCAAACAGGGCUCAAUCCUGCGAGAUUGCAGAAAAAUUUUAAGCAGGCUCUGAGCACCCUCAAGUCCCACAGACGUCAGCGAGGGCUGAAAGGGCUUGAGUCUCUUUGGAAGGCCACCUGGCAUAAAUCAGCGUAUCCCCUCUGACGUCAAUGGUGCCACGUCGAUUUAUGCAGACAGAGGAGCUGGCUGCGUCCUCCUCGGCUGGUGGAUCACUCCUUUCCAUGCUCUGGUAACAUACUCACCCACAAGCUGUGGAUCACAGGCAAGGACAAGCAUUUUCAGUGGACGGAGGAUUCCAGCCAUAUUGAAGUCAUGUCACUUUAAGGUUGGGGGAGGGGCCAGCACUUGGGGGGGAGGAGUCAAGGGCUAGAGAAGUGCCCGCGAGCAAUUUAAUUUCCCCACUACUGACACCACUUGUCCCACAUCCACAUGAAAUCUACCUCAGAGCCAACGAGAAGCAGAAAUGAUGGAGAGGGGAGGUUGGGCUGGGCCACCCGGGUCCAUCUCCAGGGAUCUGACGCAUUCCGCAUUGUGGCGCAAAGCCUGAUGUGACAACGCACGGCUCUGUGUGAAGAGCCCAGCGCGACCCCUUCCCCAUGCGUGGUCUGCAGUGAGCUCUCGGUGUGUCAUUUACUGUAGGCUGCUCCGGGCCUGUUACUUCAACCCCCCCACACCCACGCCCCGUUCUAGUCCAACAAUCUAAAGCAGAAAUAUGUGAUGUGGUAUAAUCUCCACCCCUCUCCCAACCGAGUACCCAGUCGGGAGAUCCAAGCGGCCUGUCAGUCAUUGUUCUGUGCUGCAUGCUCUUGACUGACCCAACAAACAUGAUCCCCAGCUCAGGGGAAUGUGGAAAGACAUUGGUCUAUAUGUAUCUUCCUUUUGUGUACGUUCUCUUUGAAGAGAUCCUGUGCUCUGUGAAACAGAAUAAGUCGA